UUUCCACCGGACCCAACAGCUAGACACUUUGCAAUGUGCUCAGUUUGAAGAGCAAUCAAUUUAUAUUGAUGAGCUCUUUUUCUUUUUCCUUUCUGCUUUCCUGCCUUCUUUUUUCCUUUCAUCUCAAGUAUCAUCUCAAUCAUCAUCUCGAUCAUAAUUAUACAACCAUAUAUCACAUAUUGUGUCUACAUAAAUCAGUUGCCAUAUUGUGCAAUAUAGGGAUCCAUCAACAGUCGCAAUGGCUGCCCACUUCUCUUCAAUCAUCGAUGUCGUGUCAUCGAGAGAUGAGCCUGUUGCUCCCCCUCUUGCUGCCCCUCAGAAAUCGGUUACCCGAACGUACCAUUCCGUCCAACAACCUAAUGCCAUUGAACUCGAUUCCAUAAAAUGGGCGCCAAAUAUCAAUAGACCACCUGCUUCUGGAACGACAACACCCGGAGUAGAAUCUGUGUCCGGAUGGUCAACUCCUGGCUGGCAAUCUUCGGUAACGCCAAGUGCCCUGGAAAUCAGUCGGCCACAAACCCCAGACAACGAGCCGGAACAUAUCAUUCAAAGCUUCUCCAAUCCCCCCAAAAAUAGGUUCAGAAUGACAUCAACCUGUUUGUUGAAUUUUGGCAACGGUUUGAGUGAUGCUGCAGCUGGUCCACUCAUUCCGAAAAUGAUCAUGUAUGUUAGAUCAUCCUUAAGAAAAAAGGACAACUGCUGAUUACAUCUUAGCGCCUAUGGUAUUCAAGAACGACUAGUAUCUCUCAUAUUCAUAACCCAAGCAAUAGGUUAUAUUUCAGCGGCCUUUUGCAUAGAUGCUAUCAGAGCUCGAAUGGGAAGAGCCAAAUCUAUCAUGCUUGCCGAAGCUAUCAUGAGUAUCGGUUAUGUGAUGAUUGUUACCAAUCCUCCGUUCCCUGUGGUCGUCGUGGCAUUCUUAUUCGUCGGAUUCGGCAUGGCAAUCAACUUGUCUUUAUCAAAUGUUUUUGCUGCUAACCUCGACAAUGGUACUAGAAUGUUAGGAUUCAUGCAUGGUGCUUACGGAAUUGGAGGUAUUAUUGCUCCAUUGUCAGCUACGGCGCUCGUCUCAGCUGGUAUUUUAUGGAGUCAUUACUAUUUUAUUCCGCUAGGGAUGACUCUCGUGAAUCUGGCCUUUGCUGGAUGGGCGUUCUGGGAUUACGAGGAUCCAAAUGAAGUCGCCCUGCUCAACCGAACUCCGUCAGGAAACAAGCCAAAAUUCAGUGCAAAGAAGGAGUUAAUAGAAAUGUUGAAAGCUGCCAAGCUAAGAGCCGUCUUGAUUGGAGCUAUUUUCAUCUUCUCGUACCAAGGUGCAGAAGUUUCUAUCUCCGGAUGGGUCGUCUACUUCCUUCAACAAGUUAGAGGCGCCAACACCAACGCUGGUUAUGUUACUGCCGGUUUCUGGGGAGGUAUUACACUCGGUCGUUUCUUCCUAUCUCCCAUCGGACACAAGAUUGGCGAAAGGAAGUUUGUCGUUAUCGUUGUGGUUUUAUCGGCUAUUUUCGAAGGUCUCGUUUGGAGUGUUCCGAAUAUCAUUGGAGACGCUGUGGCGGUUUCUAUCGUCGGUCUCCUGUUAGGGCCCGUCUAUCCAUGUGCCGCUUACAUCUUCACUCGCAUUAUUCCUCGCCAAUACCAAGUUAGUGGAAUGAGUGUCAUCAGUGCUCUUGGUAGUUCUGGUGGUGCGAUUGCUCCUUUCACUACCGGAGUGUUGGCACAGGCUGUGGGCAAUUUCGUCUUGCAUCCUAUCGCUUUAGGCCUCUUCGUGGUCAUGAUGAUUUGCUGGUUCUUAUUGCCGACAGUGCAGAAGAAGGAAGAGUAGAAACACUGUAUGGCAGCAUAAUGGUCGGCUCCGGACUGGGAGAAGACUUUGGUUUUGAAUUUGGAUAUAACUACAUGGAUUUUUUGGUAUUUGCCGGGUGUGCUAUGGCGUUUAAAUGAUACCUAGACGUUGGGACUUGGCUGGCUGGCGUUUUUGGGGACACCAUGGCGUCCAUGAUCGAAAGACUUGACGUUAGGACAUGGGUUUUGUGAUUUGUUUUUGAAAUUUCUAAAAUUUGUUGAUUGGAAAUCAUUUUUUGAUAUUACAAUACUAUAUUGCGGAACAUCAAUCAACAAGUUGUUAUUCAGCUACUUCAUCAUAGCUAGGGAAAAUAGAUACUCUGAU